UUUACGAAUUUCAAUUAAUUUUGAUUUCAUCAGAAACAGAUCGAACAAUAAACUAAAAGAUUUGCACAGACUACCUGUAGACGAAGCGAUACAUGUCAUGUCUGAAUUUAUACAACAAAAAAAGCAAGAAUAUAUAGAUAAAAAUAGCUCACACGAGAACAGAUUCAUCUCUGUUGUAACUGGCAGGGGGCUACAUAGUAAAGAUGGCAUCCCUAAGAUCAAGCCAGCAGUUGAAGAAUAUUUGGAUCAACACAAGUACAAGUGCGAAUGGAAAUCAGAAGGUGGUAUGGUCGUCAUUGAUCUAGAAUGCACUCUGACAGAAUUUGAAUGUUAG